AUGAUGAAUGUGCUCUACAUGAAAGAAGUGCAGGUCGAUAUUGGGAGCCGAGAGAUUGCACAAUCCAAACUUGACAAUAAAAUUGCACGAGCUGCGCUGACGAGGACAACAUUUGGAUUUACGGUGAUGAUCCAACGUUGUAAGUCACACUCGGUUUUUGGUAUGAAUGCGGACUCUGUGUAA